CCCCGAGCCUCUCUGGUAUUCUUCUCUUGUCCGGUUCGUGUCCGGUUUCUUUUCUUUGCCCCGCAAACACAGGAGCUCUUUAUGAAGCGCGUGUGCACGAAGACACGGUGAUUAAAAUCCUCGGGCUGAGCGUGUCUGAAUGAAGGCACAUGUGGCGCUUACGCGCGCGUUACGCAAGCCCCGCCCCUUUUACCUGAGAGACGCGCACCUGGAUCCAACGACGCGGAAGUCCGGCUGAGAUGACUGCGCUUUGACAUCGUCGUGGUCAGCGGUUCUGCCGUGGGACAGUCGCUGAGGGAGUUCAAAACUCGCUUGGUCAUGAACUUAAACGAUGUUUAAGCGCAGUCGGUUUGACAGGCGGUGAUGUUUCGCACGGGGUGUGUUUCGGGUGAAGCUUUGUUUCUCGCGCUCUGACCGGCUUCGCCUCCCUCCCCCCCCAAAAAAUGACGUUUUUCCGCAGGCUUCUGCGCAGGCGGCUGCACCCGUGGAAGCUGGCCUUAGUGGCGCUGGUGUUCGUGACGUUCCUGUUUCUAAUGCAGCGCGAGGUGGUCAGUCAGAACCCCCAGGACGAACCCUGGAUCAGAGGCAUUGUGGAGAAACGGGACGGCGUUCUUGAGAUGGUCAUGGGCGCCGUGAAUAACUUCCGGGACGCUAUGCCCAAGAUGCAGAUAAAAGCUCCGGUGAGGAAGCAGGAGAGCCAGGACAGUCCGGCCUGUCUGUCUGGAUACUACACGGCCGCUGAGCUCCGACCGGUCCUAGAAAGACCCCCGCAAAACCCCAGCGCCCCAGGGGCUUCUGGGAAGGCUUUUCACACCGACAGCCUGAGCUCGUCGGAGCAAAAAGAGAAGGAGAGGGGAGAGGAGAAGCACUGCUUUAACUUGUACGCCAGCGAUCGGAUCUCACUAAGCAGAGACCUCGGCCCGGAUACGAGACCUCCAGAAUGCAUCGAGCAGACGUUCAGACGCUGUCCACCUCUGCCGACCACAAGCGUGAUCAUCGUCUUCCACAACGAGGCGUGGAGCACGUUGCUGCGGACCGUCUACAGCGUCCUACACGCCUCCCCUGCCCUGCUCCUCAAAGAAAUCAUCCUCGUGGACGACGCCAGCUCUGACGAGCGACUAAAGGAUGACCUGGACGAGUAUCUGAAACAGCUGCACAUUGUUCGCGUGGUCCGUCAGCGAGAGCGGAAAGGCCUGAUCACCGCACGCCUCCUUGGGGCCUCGGUUGCCACGGGAGAAACUCUCACCUUCCUGGAUGCCCACUGUGAAUGUUUCCACGGAUGGCUCGAGCCGCUGCUGGCUAGGAUAGCAGAGAACUCCACGGCCGUGGUGAGUCCCGACAUAACCACCAUUGACCUGAACACGUUCGAGUUCAUGAAACCCUCACCGUACGGACAGCAUCACAACCGGGGGAAUUUCGACUGGGGCCUGUCUUUUGGUUGGGAGACCCUUCCGGAUCACGAGAAACGGAGACGCAAAGACGAGACGUACCCUAUUAAGACGCCGACGUUCGCAGGGGGAUUGUUCUCCAUUUCCAGAGAUUAUUUCUACCAUGUAGGAAGCUAUGAUGAGGCGAUGGAGAUUUGGGGAGGAGAAAAUAUUGAAAUGUCCUUCAGGGUCUGGCAGUGCGGCGGGCAGCUAGAAAUCAUCCCGUGUUCAGUAGUAGGCCACGUGUUUCGCACGAAAAGUCCCCACACCUUCCCUAAAGGCACGCAGGUGAUCGCUCGCAACCAGGUGCGUCUGGCUGAGGUCUGGAUGGACGACUAUAAAGAGAUCUUCUACCGGAGGAACCAGCAGGCCGCUCAGAUCGCCAAAGAGCGCUCUUUUGGAGACGUCUCCAAGCGUGUAGAUCUCCGGGACAAACUCCAGUGCAAGAGCUUUUCCUGGUAUUUGAAGAACGUUUAUCCGGAGGUCUUCAUGCCCGAUCUCAACCCGCUGCAGUUCGGCGCGAUAAAGAACGUGGGGAAGGAGGCCUGCUUGGACGCGGGAGAGAGUAACGAGGGAGGGAAACCUCUCAUUAUGUACCCCUGCCACGGGAUGGGAGGAAACCAGUAUUUCGAGUACUCGACCCAUCACGAGAUCAGGCACAACAUUCAGAAGGAGCUCUGUUUGCACGGGACCGAUGGAGCCGUCAGAUUAGAGGAGUGCCAGUAUAAAGGUCACAACACCAUCACAGGACCUCAGCAGAGAUGGGAGCUCAGAGAGGAUCAGCUGUUCUAUAACAAGGGCUCAAAACAGUGCCUGACCGCUCGACACGAGAACCCCUCUCUAGUGCCCUGCAAUCCAGCAGACAAGUACCAGCUCUGGGUCUUCACAUGAACUUUGGGAGCACACACACACACACACACACACACACACACACACAUAUGUUGAUAUUUGUGGUUUAUGGCUGGUUUUAAUACCGUACAAAACUGUAUGUGCUAUUGCCUCACACCUAAACCUACCCCUUACAGGUAACUUCACAGAUUUUUAGAUUUUUAUAAACGCAGUUUAGUAUGUUUUUUAAACCUUUUGAAUUACGGGGACAUUGGCGGCGUCCUCAUAAACCACCUUCGAAGUGUAAUACCUCUGUCAUACCCGUGUCGUUAAGCAAACGUGUGCCUCAUAUAAACCACAAAUACCGACACACACACACACACACAGGGUCCAAAACUUAACGUCUUGCCACAGCUGCCAAUGAAUUCAGGAAAAUUUACAUGCCAAAAUGAUUUCUUACUUGCCGUGAAACUGUAGGAUUUUUAUUCAUAUGACACUUAGUUAUAGAGCAACUCAUUUGCUCUGUUUCAAAAUCUACAUAGACAGCUGCUUUCUUAGGGAGCAUCCUGAUGGUCAGGGAGCCUCUGAAGUGAAUGAUUUGUUGCUCUCUACAAAUGCAGCGACUAAAUGGGGAGUAAUGGUGCCUGUCCGCUUUUUGGUGCCACGUACGUUUUUCAGAUUCUAAACAAUCUACGAGGUGAAUCGCAACAUUAAAAACUUAGAUUAGUACCAAAAAGUUUAGACAAGAAGACUGUGCUUAAUCAUAGUUCUCUAAUUGCUGGAGAUUUCUUUGUAGAAUCAAGUGUUUCACCAGGAAUUUCACUAUCAUUUAAGAGAGUUUAAAUAAUUUGAUUGCUUCAAGAAAAGCGUAAUAUAUGGUUAACAAUGAAUAUCCCUACACUUCCAAGGUGCCAAAAGGGUGUUUUCGCAAUUUUUGCUUCCCAAAAGAACCUUCAAUAGGGAACAGUUCCGAAAAAGAACCAUUUUGAAGAGAAUUUUAAAAACCUAAAGAACCUUUUUCAACCUUUUCUUCAUUUGAAAGGUUCCUUGGAUGAUCAAGCUUCUUCACAAAACCAAUAAUGGACCUUUAUUUUUAAGAGCGUGCAUGAAUGUUAUUUUUACUGUUGCGCUGUACAGGUUGUUUCAUCGAGUUUGCGUUCUCUUUCUCUAGCAGAAAACAAGUAUUCUUUAAAGUUAGUCUUUUCAAUUAGAUUUGAACUGUUUUAACGGACUCGUUUGGUAUUAAAUGUUUUCUAAGUAUAUUUAAAAAAAAAAAAAAAAAAAUCAACAAAUUUGAACUUAUUAGCAAUUUUAAAUUUAAUGUGAAGGGCCAAAAGUAAAUGUCGCAGUAUAUUCAACUAUAUUAUAUUAAUAUAAUAGUUAUUAAUAUGUAAUAGUUAUUGUAUUACGUUUGUAAGCAAAAAUGUAAAAAAAAUCAUAUUUUCAAAGCAGAUGUUUUUUGUGAUUUAUGAUCACAUGAACAUCUGAUCAGCCACAGUUAAACUGAGUAAUAAUGCAGAUCCUUAUGAAGUCAAAGACAAACUGUGAGUUAUUUACUUGCCAAAGCAAAUACGAUGUCCGAUGCAUUGCAAAUGUUAAUUUUGGACCCUGAACACACACACACACACACACACACACACACACAGAAGCACAAAUUAUCGGACAGAGUCUUCUGUAUGACACAGACCUUUAAUUUAUUUUUAUAUGUGGAAAAUAUUGCUGCUGGGGAGUUGGAAUAUCUACAGGACCAAAAAUGGAGCACAUACAGGGGCCACGGGAUGUGCAGUGAUGUGAAGUUUUAUUUUUUCCUCUCUCUCUCUGUCUUUCUCUCCAUCAUGUCUGAAAGACUACAGGACGUGUGUCCUCACACAGUGACUUUUCUUAUUUUGAUAUCGGAUGAGCUCAGUCACAGUGCUGAGUAUCAAUUGCAUUCACUGAAUGAACCGCAGAUUAUAGAUAAAAUGCUUCAAAUAAUUUAAUGCAACGUUUAGAUUUUACAGCACCAAAGACUUCCUGAAAGUAUUUGCUUCGUAUCGCUUUCAUUUUCACAAAGCUAGUUUUUUUUUUUUUUUUUUCUUUAAAUGCAGUGAAGUCAGUCCUGUUCUGCAGCACAUUUCUGCUCCAUAACUUAUUAAAAAAAACAAUAUUCGGUUGUGAUUUAAUAAAUAUUUCUGUAAACUGCUUCAGCAGCUUUUCAGAAAUAGGUUCCGGUCAAAAUGAGAGUCUUCAGCUUAACAGCUUCACAGUGAAGAUUGAUGUAAACUAGUUUAUUAAGUCAGAUAAAACCUAUACGCGCAUCUCGAAAUGAAAACGAUAUUUUGAAGAAAACGCGUUCGGUUUGGAAUAUUAUUUUGAAGUGCAACAACGUUAUAAAAAAAGACAUUCACUAAAACUAAAAUGGUGAAAUAAACUGGUUUUAAAAUUAUAAAAAAUAAAUGUAUAUAAUUAAAUUAAAUGCAAAAGUAAUUUAAAAGUAUGCUUUAUUACUAUAUACAGUAAAAUAAUAAAUGGAGACAUGAAAAUGUGUUGCACAGCAGGAAUGAUGCUGAUAUUUUAAAUGUAAUUUCUGUAAUUUCGUUUAAGCCCUUUUUUUGUUUUAUUUUACUCUACUGAAAUAUUUUGAUUCUUAGAUGUUAGUUUUGUAUAUUUCGGCAUGUUGUUGAACAUUGUGAAUAUUUGAUGAGAGUUAGGUAAGACCGAAGGCCUGAUAUCACGCAGAAUGACAGAGACUGGCAGUAGAGGGCGCUGUUAUACAAGCGUCUGCCUUCAGUACAUUCAGUCUUCACAUGAAGAAGAGAGUGAAAGCCAAAACAUCAGGCCAGAAAUGUUCUCUCUCUCUUUUUAAUUACAGCAGGUGUAUACAUCAGUCACAAAUUUGGUUUAUACACCGCUAUUCCAUAAUAAUGCCAUGAAGCGAUGUAGAUUAAUCUUCUUUGUUUAGAAUAUAUUUUGUAAUAAAACAAAAAAGGAUUUAAUUUUUGUAAGAGUGUUUCUGAAGUACAGAAAAGAAACUAAUUACACAAUUUCACAUUCAAAACAGUGAAAUAUAAUGCUUUAGUCCCUCCGACUCUCUGUCUCUACCCGAUGUUGCUUUUUUUGAGUGGAAGUGGAGGGGUAAAAAAAUGGCAAUUUGAAUUGGUAAAAUAAUUUUUUGUGUAUUUGAAUAGAAAUGUAUGUUGUUACAUUUUUUGUUUGAACUCUGAAAUUGUUUUGAAUAAAAGGGUUUCAAAUGCA